AUGACGGUGAUAAUUGGAUCAUUGUUUCUCCCAUACACUGUCCACUUUGAAAUUGACAGAAAUCACUAUGAAUUCUUGCAGAAAGAAGAUAGUGCAAAGCUUGAAACUAUUAGAAUUUCAGGGGGCCAAAAUGACAAGCCAAUUGCUCCAUCGCUCACCCCAUCACAGCCACAUCUAUUGAACAACCAAUCAUCAGUGUCCAUCUUACCUCCUAAUAAUGCAACCAACGCAUCAACGAGAUCAGAAACACCAGAUGAGUUCUUCUACAGCAAGCGCAAUCCUAGAUUGCAACGUGAAGGUGCUCCCGACUCGUACCCAGCGUCUCCGGCAUUACACUAUAUUCAACCAAAGCCACGUUUGGGCAAUAAAAUUGAAAGCUCAAUUCUUGACCCCAAAAAGCAAACUGAUCCAUAUAACUCGACUGGUUUGAAAAUUAAUAGGUCACUGACAAACUUGUCUAUCUCAACACCAAAUUUGGCUAGACCUCAGAACAUUAGAGCUGGCUCACAUUCGAAGUUGCACAAUGAAGUCACCCUGGGAGGACAGAGACCUCAUCAAUACUAUGGCUUUACUAUCCAGGGAAACAACAGUUUAAACUCUUUGGCGUCAGAGGAGAACCCCAGUGGAGUCAAUAACUCAGCCAUGAUUCCCUCGUCAUUUGAAGAUGAGGAUGAGGACGGAUUGGUUGGUUUUGAAAAGAAUUACAACAACUCUGUGUCUCACAACAAAGGAUUGGCUCCUUAUGGUGGGUUUUCAAAACCACAUAUUGAAAAGUACUUUUGGGAUGAUGAUAUUUUCAACACUGCGCCAUGGACUGUUGUCCCCUCAGAGAGCGGCAAUGGGUCGUUGAACAAAGCGGUGGACUUAUCCGUAAAAGAGGGGAUUUUACAACAAAACAAGUGGGUUGGGAUCAUUGCCAUGCCCAGUGACACAAUCUCGGCAAAAAUUAGACAAGAUAUUGCAUCAAAAUUAGAUUCCGAGCAUAAUUGCGAAGCCAUCUUUCCUGAUGACAUUACUUUUGAAGGUCACUACAAAUCAUUUUGUAAACAAAUAUUGUGGCCAACUUUGCAUUAUCAAAUUCCCGAUGAUCCAAAGUCAAAGGCAUUUGAGGAUCACUCUUGGGGACAUUAUGUGUUGAUGAAUCAAUUGGUUGCCGAUAAGUUGGUGGAAACAUUUGUGGCAACAAAUGGAGACUGCAAUUUCGAUGAUUCGGAAAAUGUGAUUUGGGUUCAUGAUUAUCAUUUGUUGUUGGUGCCAAAAAUGGUGAGAGAAAAGUUACCAAAGGUUAAAAUUGGGUUGUUUUUACAUGUUUCUUUCCCUUCUUCUGAAGUAUUUCGUUGUUUAGCACAAAGAACUGAGUUGUUGGAAGGAAUGUUGGGUGCUGAUGUUGUUUCCUUCCAAACCAAUGAGUAUGUGCGUCAUUUCAAACAAACCUGCAACAAGAUUCUUGAUGCUGAAGUGACUGACCAUAAAGUUGUUUACCAAGACAGAACAGUUGCUGUCAAUACAAUACCUGUUGGCAUUGAUGCACCCUCCCUUGAGGAAAAGAUUCAAAGCGACCUGGUUUUAGAAUGGAGACGUUUGAUCAGAGAGAGAUGGGGUGAGCAAAAGCUUAUCAUUAGUAGAGACAAGUUGGACAAGUUACGAGGAAUUAAACAAAAGCUUCUCGCCUAUGAAAAGUUUUUGAAUCAACAUCCUGAAUACAUUGACAAAACUGUAUUGAUUCAGAUUUGUAUUGGCUCAGGCUCUGAUCCUCUGUAUGAACUGGAGGUGAUGAAGAUAAUUUCCAGGAUCAAUUCGUUGCCUGAAAACAUUUCCGUCAUUCAACCAGUGGUUUUGUUGCAAAAGGAUAUUGAAUUUGACCAGUAUUUGGCACUACAAUGUGAGGCAGAGCUGUUUGUUGUUAGUUCCAUGCGUGAAGGAUUGAAUUUGACCUGUCACGAGUUUAUUACUGCCACUGAAGAGAAAAAAUCGCCUUUGAUAUUGUCGGAGUUUACCGGAUCGGCAUCGUUACUUUACUGUGAUGGUGAAGGUGCCCUUUUGAUCAAUCCUUGGGAUUUGAAAAAGUUCUCUGAAACUUUUUACCAACUGUUGACAAUGAGCAAGGAUGAGAAGCAAAAGAGAUGGGAAAAUUGCCAUCAUUUUGUCUUGACUCAAAACUCAAAGCAUUGGGUUUCAAAUUGUUUACAGAGCAUCAACGAAGCUUGGGCGUUGAACAAAGAAGAAAAAUAG